CAAACACUCCCCAGUUCAACUAUACCCCACACUACAUAAAACCCAAGUUCUUAAACCCUUGUAACGCUCACGCCCUCUGUUCCACUGCAACUUCACCUUUCAUUUGCAGCAAUGAGUUCCCUCGCCCCUAAAUUCCUCAAGCUCCUCCGAGUUCCUACAAUCGCUACGUCCUUCUCUUCCUCCACGGCCAUAGGUCUGCAAGGGAGCUCAAAGGUUUGCUUUUCCACUGGGUCAUUCGACUCGGGCAAUGAUAAUGAUAAUGAUAAUGCGAGGGCAGGCGGUGGUUUGGAUAUUGAUGAUGAUGAUUUUCUGCCCGAGAAGCCAGAGUUACAACUCCAGGGUGUCGAUCCCAGAAAAGGGUGGAAUUUUCGUGGUGUCCACAGGGCUAUUAUAUGUGGAAAAGUUGGUCAAGCUCCAGUCCAAAAGAUCUUGAGGAACGGUAAAACUGUAACGACAUUUACUGUGGGAACAGGGGGCAUGUUUGAUCAGAGGCUUGUGGGUGCAAAUGACUUACCAAAACCUGUUCAGUGGCAUCGGAUUGCAGUGCAUAACCCUAUGCUUGGAGCUUAUGCCGUUCAACAACUUGUGAAAAAUUCUUCAGUCUAUGUUGAGGGUGAUAUCGAAACAAGAGUCUAUAACGACAGCAUCAAUGGUGACAUAAAAAGCAUACCUGAAAUUUGUGUGCGUCGUGAUGGAAGGGUACGGCUUAUAAAGGCAGGAGAAAGCAUGAAUGAUAUUUCCAUUGACGAGCUGCGUGAAGGGUUAUUAUAGUGGAGUUGCAGUGAGUAACUUCAUAAAUCUUACUUUCUGCAUGAACGAACAGAUGAAGAGUUGGAUUAUAAUGACUGGAUGUUGUUGAUUUCAACUGUCCGCGCAGGUCAAGGAAGAUUUAUGUUUCCAUACGAGUACUAAUGCAAUAGGCAUCUUGCAAUGUAAAUUAGUUCUUGCUUCAAGUUGGCUUUACUGAAUAUCCCCAAUCUAUUUUCUUUCUUGAUUGAUAUAUUCUGUUCUCGGGGUGGGACUGCUGAAUUAGUUGACAGUAGGUUGAUGUCAUUUCUGUUAAACUAUAGAUGAUCAAUCUAGUUUUAUGAUCACCGCUGGGCAACAUCGAGACAAGGACAAUGCCCACAUCUGGUUGCGU